GUCUUUCGCUAAAGCAGAUAUCUCAAGUUUUCCACGACGUUCAUACAUUCUUUGAACUUCAACUAAAGUCAUCUCAAAGAAUUUAAACUGUAAGUCAAACUGCUCCCGUAUUAUGGCCUUGUAGAAGAAUAUAUCUUUUGGCUAGAAGUCUUAAAAAGAAAUCUUUUAGUUUUUCUUUUUUUUCUACAUCUUAAGAGAUUUUAAUAUGUGCAUUUUCAACAGCGAUUAACUUGACAAAGCACCACCUGGAGUGGUUGCGUCAGCAUCCUGCAUAGGAACUUCUCAAAUCAUGCGCUCAAUCAUUUCUUCUCAAUCUUGUAAAUUAUUAAAAUCAAAUAACAAAAAAUAUUAAAAUUUGUUUUUAUUAAACUAAACUGUAAAUGAUUAAAAUGUUUUAAUUUUUAUCAUCGAGCAUUCAUUGUACACGAACAACACUGGUGAAAUAUGCUGGAUGUAUUCUCUCAGACGAAGGUUGCAAACCUUAGCGUGCUUGGCGUUGGUUUUCUGGUCAACGUUCUCCUGAUCAUUGCGCAUGUUCGUGAUCCAUUACGUGUGUUUCGUAAUGUUUCGUCAAUGUUCGUGAUGAAUAUAGCAAUCAUAAAUUGCAGUACUGCGCUUCUAUUCCUCAUUUUGCAUAGUCUGCUGGACGAUGAAGAAUUUCGUGGUAGUAUUUAUUAUACGAUACUUCAAAUUGCCAUGUUUAUACUAGCUACGAUGACAGCUAUCGCGUAUUUCAGCCUGGCUUUGGAGUUAUUUUUCUCCAUAACUCGUCCGUUGUGGCAUCUUGCGAAGUUCACACAUCAAGUCUGCCGAAAUUGGAUUGUAAUAACCUGGAUUCUCCAUGCGUCUUUUCAUCAAGCAGUCUACUGGUGUUUUCCGAGUGCAAAAGUUUUUAGGGCAAUUCUCGUUUCUUACAUUUUAUCUUUUUUCGUCGCAAUUCAAUCUAUAAAUCUAGCCACAUUUCUAUCCCUCAGAAGGCAGAGCAAAGCUCUCCAACGACGACGUGAUGUCAGCGAAUCGACUCUUCGGGCAUGGAAACGUCGACAAGAAAACGAGAAACGGUUUUUAAUGACAACGGCAAUUCUUUGCGUUAUUCUUACCGUGUCAUUUUCUCCAUAUAUCGUGUUCGAGAUUCUGUCCAAUUUUAUGUCUGAGCUUUCAGAAAUUAGUCCACAGACUUGGCAGUGGUUCAAUUGGAUCGACGUUUUUAUGAUUUGGGUGAACAUUCUCGUUAAUCCUUUCUUCUAUCUCUGGAGACUCCCAAAGUACAGGAAAACUUUCAAUAAAAUUUACUGUAAAUGUUUUAAAUAAUUCUCACACAAUCAUGCAGAAUGAUUGCCAUGCAUCCACUAAUCAUAUUAAAUGACAAGUCCUCUCGCUUCAUGCAUGAUAGAUGCAAAUAAUAUUUAUUUUAUUUAUUAAGAAACUUUGUCAGUGGACUCAUUACUGAUUAUGCCUUCUCAGUUCAUCAAAACUAAUAUAAAAUGAACUAGAGUAGUAUAAAACUUCUUUUAUUAUACAAGCAUUCACAGUGCUCGGAACAAAACGAAAACAGAAUGGCAGUGAUAAAUUACGGUGCUGUAAUAUUUUUAUCGACUCUUAGUGUUGCAUUUGUGGCUAACGUUCUAGUAAUCAUUGCGCAUGUUCUUGAUCCAUUACUCGUGUUUCGUAAUGGCUCUUCUAUGUUCGUGCUGAAUAUAACAAUCGUUGAUACUAUAAUUUCCUUGCUGUGGUUUAUUUUUUUUAGUCUGUUACAAACACACGAUUUAGGGAUCCUAACGAGUGACUACUUUAUUAUUGCUACUGAAAUAUCCGGUACAAUUUUUACUAUGUCGACUACAGCUUAUUUUAGCCUCGUUCUUGAAUUAUACAUUUCAAUCUCUCGUCCACUUUGGCAUCGUGCGAACGUAACUCGAAAAGUUUGCCGGAACUGGAUAAUUUCAAGCUGGAUUGUUCAUUUGAUUGUAUUUGAAGUACAGACAAGAUUUGGUGCCAAGGAAUAUCAUGAAUUGUUUACAACGUGUUUCCUUGCAUCCUUUUUCUUCGCCAUUCAAUCCUUAAAUCUAGCCACAUUCUUAUCACUCAAAACGCAGAGUAGAGCCCUCCGAGAGCGACGUGAUAUCAGUGAAUCGACCCUUCGAGCAUGGAAACUACGACAGGAAAACGAGAAACGGUUUCUGGUAACAAUCGCGAUUCUUUCUAUAAUUCUGAGUGUGACAACUUUUCCGUAUUUCAUAAUCAUUUUCUUCCUGCUCAGAUCAGGUGGAACAGGAACAGUUGAUCAUCCCUGGAUAGAGUUCAGUGUUCAUCUUAUGAUUAUCAUGAAUAUAACUAUCAAUCCAUUUUUCUAUCUGUGGAGACUACCCAAGUACAAGAAAACCUUCAAAAAGCUUUAUUGUCAAUGUUAAAUAAUGUAGGUUUUCA